UUGGACGAACAGAAUCAAUUGGCGACGGUUACGUAGUAGCGCGUAGCGUAUUUUCCAUAUUGAAAUCAGCGCCAACAAAGCAACAUAGCAUACGAUUUGACAACAAUGUUCUACCGGCAUAAAUUUUGGCAACACAGAUUAUAUAUAUGGUGCCUUGGGUGCCUUGUUGGCCUGUCAACGUCGCUCUAGUGAGAAUUACGGAAGUUUAACGCAAAAUCUAAAAAACUACGGAAGUUCGGAGAUUUAGCUUUUUCUCUAAAAUGAGCAUUACUGCUUAUAUAGAAUCACUUACAAAAAUUGAUGAAACCAAAAGUGUAAACAAUGUUGCUUGGUCCAGAGUGACAAAAGAAAAAGUAAAAUCUAAACCACAUUUACAGGGAAAAGGAGAGUUACCAUUUCAAUUUGAAUUGGAACAAACUGAUCAAAGUAAUUCUUGCCAAAAAGAUAAAAAAUAUUCGGAAGAAAAGAAGGCACAUUUUUAUGAAAAACAUCACAACACCAAAAUCAUACAUAAUGAAUAUAGAUUUGCUGAUAUAAUCCCCAGAGUAAGAGAGGUUGGUGGAGGUUACAACACAUUUAGUAACCAAGCUAUUGAAAGACGCUUCAGAGAAAACCAAUCAAAACACGCAUCAGCAGAAGAAAGUGAUUUGAGUUCAACAUAUGUAACAGCAACCUCAAAAUCAAUAGAGAGUUCAUACGACACUACGGUAGAGACUCUUGGCUCAUUACAACUAUCCAGUAAUGAAUCCAAACAUGAGGUUUCAAGUAAUGAAAAUGAACAAUACAAAGUGGAUGCUACAAUGGCAAGAUCAUUACAUACACAGAACAAUAAGUCUUUAGAUAUUGAUACGUGUACUGAUAUAUCAUUAAAUAGACACAAUGUAUCACUAGAAAGAGAAAAUGAGGAAGAAAAUUGGGAUGAUGAUGCAAGUGAUGAGCGAAUGUAUAAAGGGCGUAUCACUCGAUUUUUUCAAAGUACAGAAGAUGAAGAUGUAUUUGAACAUCCAUUAAAGGAACAAAUCAAAAAAGAUCUUGAAUGGCAGAAUUACCAGUUACAAAGAAAAGGGAUUAAAAUUAUUCAAACUCCAAGACAAUACUAUCUAGAUUUAGAUGAUGAUGAUUUCAAGUUUGAAUGAAGAAAGUGCAUGAUAUAAGUAUAUUUUAAAUAUUAUCUUCUUUUAUCAGAGUCAGAUCCACAAAGAUUUAUUCUGAGAGAUAGUCUAUCUUUGUUGAUCUAAUAUAAAAGAAAGUAAGCAGUUUACUGAAACAUUUCGCUUUAAAACUAAAUUUUAUUUUGUUGGAUUCUCUUUAUUAUUUCAAACGCAAAAUAUAUUUCUAGAUUUUAAAGCAAAUUUGGAACAUGUAGUUCAAAGUAGGUUUACAUAAAUAAUGAAUUUUAUUAAUAAUACAAUUUUCAUUAGUCAAAACACGUAGAAAGUAUGUGUGUUGCCUUCAUUAUUAAUUUGAACUUGACUAUAUUAGAUAUUAAAUUUUUACUGUGUUUUCCACAGUAGGAAGAAAAAUAGUGUAAUGUUUUAAUCAAUGCAAAUUUUAAUUCCUUAUUGAAAGCUAUUAAAGUACCAAAUUUUAUUGCUGAAUUUUGUGCAAUAUCAAUGAGAACAAUUUCUCAAAUUCAAUUGUGAAUUAAACAAAAAUAGCAAAAGAUAUUUCAAAGUAUUAGUAAAUUAAAAGUUAAAAAUAUCAACAGAGUGAAAGUACAAUACAUAUUUUGUCUACAAAAUAUUAGAUUUUACAAAGGAAUAAAGAUAUGCUGAAUUAAUAUUUAGAAAUAUCCUAGUAGUUUAAAAAUAUCAAAAUCGUGAAGAAACAAGACUUAUUCAACUUGAAAAUAAUUUGUACUUUUUGAACAGAAAUAGGUGAAAUUAUUAAUAGCAUCACAUAUUCAAUAAUCAAAAGUAGUGGUAAUUAUUUUAAUAGAUAAUUGAUUGUAAUAACUUUUGUUAAUGUUGAAUAAAUUAAUCAUUUUUUAAUUUUAUCGUAGUAUAAGAUAAUGAAAAAAUAAUAAAAACAGAAUAAAAGAAAAUUGCAAAAUCUAAACUAUUUCUAAAGUUUUCACACAAAAUCUUACUAAUAACGUUUAUAAUCGCUGAUUAAUUUUACAUUUAAUGUAACACUAUUAAUUUUUACAUUGAAUGUUUUUUUACAUGAACUAUGUACUUUAAAAAUGUUUUUAUCCUAAGAUGUGUCAAAUUUUGAUUAUCCUACAAUAGAUUAUCUUCAUAGUCUGUCUAUCGUAAGUGAUAUUUUUACCAAUAUUUUCGUUAUUCAUAUAAAAUAGUUCAACACUGACAUUAUUUCAUUAAAAUAGCUGUGAUACAAAAAUAUAUUGAUCUCUUACAUACCAUUGAAAAAUAGUACGAAUAUAAAUAGGUAUUAAAGCAUGUAUAAUAUUAUUUUAUCGAUUGAAAUGAUAUUUUAUAACGUAAUCAAUGGCGAUGAAUUUGCAAUAAAAAUUGCAAUUUUUUAUACCUUGAAAAAACGAUAUUUGUAAUUAAUAUUAAUAAAAAUGGUA